GGCAACAUUCCCUAGUUCGAGUUUAUGGGUAUUUGUUUUGUUUUAGCCGGUGUUGAUUAAAAUCUUUAAAAACAACUAUUGAUUUAUAGGAAAUGUAUGUUUAAAAUGAUUGCCCAAAUAGCGUUACUAAUUACUACAGUAAAGCUACUGUUCAUACCAUUUUACCAUUCUACGGAUUUUGAAGUGCAUCGAAACUGGUUGGCGGUGACGCACAACCUCUCCUUAGACCGGUGGUAUUAUGACAAAACCUCUGAAUGGACAUUAGAUUAUCCACCUCUUUUUGCUUGGUUGGAGUAUGGCCUUUCCUAUAUAGCGAAGAUUUUCGACCCCAAAAUGCUAUAUCUGACUAACUUGAACUAUGAGUCGGAUAUGACCAUUCUGUUCCAGAGGCUAUCUGUGAUUUUACUGGAUUUUGUUUAUAUAUUUAGUGUUCAUAGUUGUUCCAGACUUGUAAGCGAUGGGAAGCUUUUGGUCUUUGUAUUAUUAGUCACAAAUCCUGGAUUGCUGAUGGUGGAUCAUAUACAUUUUCAGUACAAUGGCUUUUUAUAUGGUUUCCUUUUGUUUUCCAUAUCCAAUAUGAUAAGGAGCAACUAUCUACAAGCAGCAUUUUGGUUUGCUAUUCUACUAAAUCUAAAACACAUAUACCUAUAUGUGGCACCAGUGUACAUUGUCCAUCUGCUAAGAGCAUACUGUUUUUCCGUAUCUUCAACUGAUGGCAUACAUACACCUUGGUACUCUUUCUCUUUUAUGAAUUUAAUCAAGCUUGGUGUUGUUGUUGUUGGAGUAUUUGCAAUCUCCUUUGGCCCGUUUAUUCAGCAUAUACCACAGAUUAUCUCGAGGUUAUUUCCUUUCAAAAGAGGUUUAUGUCAUGCGUAUUGGGCGCCAAAUUUCUGGGCCUUAUACAACUUUGCUGACAAAAUCCUACAACAUUGUUUACCCAAACUAGGAAUAGAAGUAGUGAAAUCAGAAGCAGCAAUGACAGGCGGUUUGGUGCAAGAGUAUGACCAUGCAGUACUUCCAUCUAUAAAGCCAAGUGUGACCUUUUUCUUCACAGUGAUUUCUAUGGUACCUGCUCUUGUAAAGUUAUGGUACCUUGGGGCAGACAGGAGAUAUAGGACUUUAAGUUUUGUAAGCCUCCUCUCCGUGUUAGGUGACGUGGAUGGUAAAUUAUUCCUAAUCAUAUCAACAGUAGGACAUUAUUCAUUAUUCCCUCUGCUUUAUCCGAAAAAUCUUAUAGCAAUCAAAAUAUUCAUGCUACUUACACAUUGCGCGAUUGCGUUUGGUAACAUUCCAGCUUUGUACGUGAACCCUAAAAUGAAAGCUAGUAAGAAGCGAAGGGUGCUGCGCUUGCCUAUGUUAGGGCGUUUAGAAACUUUAUACAUCUAUGGAUUGAUUUGUUUAUGUGUAUAUGAAACCGGAAUACAUUCUUCGUUAGGGUUAGACAAAACUUUGCCGUUUUUACCACUAAUGCUUACAUCUGUAUAUUGCUCUUUAGGAGUUUUCUAUUUCUGGAUUUGUUAUUACUAUUAUUUUUUAAACUUUAAUCUAAGUAAAGUCAGGGUUAGUACAACUAAUGAUCUUAGCGAUAAGAAAGUUUAUUAAUUUCAAUAAUUUAGUAAAAUUAGGCAGCUAGUGAAAUGAAAUAAGUAGAGUUGA